UUCAAGAUGGCGGAUGCUUUCUAGUUUAGACAUGGAAAUAUAUCUAGACUUUAGUUUGCUUCGCUAUUUAUCAUCAUCUGCAUUUCAAUCAAGAAAUCUUGUGGUUUUAUGUUCAGAACUUUGAAGCUCUAUUUUCAACUGACUGUCUUGUUGGUUCUAGUAAGUGUCUUCAUUUUUGUUCUCUAUGACUUCAAUCUCAAGAACCGUAAUCUCACCACCGUAAACAAAAUUGAGAGAUGGAUAGUAUUGGAUGACGUCACUUUCCCUUGUCAUGACGUCACAACGUUGACGUCACAAGAGGGCUGGAAAGUCGUUGUUGUUACGGACCAAAAGAAAGACAUCCGGGGAUGCAGCUUCCCGAGAUGUCAUCUACUCACAGAACACGGCGUGGUGGAACAGUUAAAUCACUCCACUACAGUCAAUCUGCCUAACCCCCCGUCGAAAUUAUCGGGAUACCUGUUCGCCAUUCAGAGCGGCGCCAGAAUUAUUCUUGACGCCGAAUGCAGUCUUCAAAUCAGCGACAUCGCGCAAAGUUUCCGCCUAGAUGAGCGCCACCAGUCUGGUCUCACCAACAUUGGCACUCAGUAUUUCAACCCCUACGAGCAUUUUGGUAUCUUUCAAGCGAUUCCCAACGAAUUCAUCGAUCUUAGUACAACUAAAGAAAAAAGCAAUACCGACAUGUAUUUCAUCACUGAUUGGAACGCAGUUCCAAUAAGACAAGGUGUCUUGCUGUCUGAGAGCACAUGUUUUAAGAGAAAUGGGGAUGCUCUAGACCUACAUUAUAUUAUCAGAGACGCCGCUCCUGUUUCUUACAUCAAUCACACCUUAGCGCCAUUCAGCACUGGGCCAACCAUUUUCUUUGAAGAAGCCUUCCCGCUGUUGUUCACUCCCCCAGGCAUGGAUGCAGAGGCUAUUAAAAUGUUCCGAACUCUUUGGUUCAAUGAAAUGAAUUUUCAACACCUUAUCACAACAGCGUUCUAUUACGUAUAUAAUUCAAACCAGGGGCAGUCAGUUACAUGUUCCAACUCCAGCACUCUUAAUUAUAAGGUGAAUUUACUAUCCAUCUUAAAUUGUAUGAAAGAUUUCUCAUAUGAGGAAAACAGUGGCAGCUUCACAGGAAGUCUCCAGAAAGUCUGGAACUGUUUUUCGACUCAAAUCCCACAUCUAGAUAGUUUUGAGAAGAUUGAGAGUAAUUUUGCAGAGUGGAACUCUCAUCUUUCGGCUUUAGGGCUAACUGAGAACAACACAGUCCAAUUUAAAAGGCAAUACAUGUAUAGUAUAAAAUACAGAAUCCCAAGACAAGUUCAAGAGUUUAGAAAUUUGACAGCGAAGACAGAGAACGCAAUUUUGAAUGACGUCAUUUCCCUUUGUGGAAAAACAGAACUGUAUAAGUUAAAUGCUCUGCAGAGAAUGUCAGAUCCUGUUAUAAAGGACAUUGUUCUAAUUAUAGUCAUCAAUUAUCAAAAGGUGUUCUCAUCCAUUGCAUACAAUGAAUACAUUCACAGACAGUACUUUAAGUACAUUAUAUACUGUGUGCCAUCUUUAAACGAAUUUGAGGACUACUCACAAACAAUGGGGUUUGAUUACUUGACAUUUAUCGAUGGGUUGACCUUCGGAUGGUGGUUCUACUACGAGUGCGCUGCUUCGGUCAUGAAAUUGUCAUUACCAGUCAAAGGCUACCUUCAGAUCGGAGACGACGUUCUUCUAAACACCUGGAAUAUUGUAGCAAUGCCGAGAGAUGGCAUGAUGCUGUCCUUCAGUCAAAGAUUCGUCGAACUCAACCAAAUUAAGAUCAACUUUAGCUGGCCUUUCUGGAAUACCUAUUUAGGGCAAUCCGCCGUGCAGCUUAGCCUCCAGGAACUCCAAAAUGCUUCACCUUCUCAGACUGACGCGGAAUCAUCAAAAUACCCAAGAGUUCAUUACUCUUCUUUUGCCGCGAAAUUUAUUCGUAAUUUAUACGGAAAUAUCGGGCCUAGAAUGUCCGUCUUCGGUGCAGGCGAUAUUUUUUACGUGCCCGAGAGCUUAGCCAACGAGUAUAUCACAGCGACGGACAUUUUUAGAAGAAACUCUUGCAUGGUGGAACUUGCCCUUAGGGUGAUCUACUACGGCCUGAAGCAGCCAGAGAAGAAAAGGGCAUUCAUACCAGGGCAUGACUUGUGGGGCAUCGACAGAAAGGCACCUUGGAAGUUUUUUAAUGUAAACGAUACUUUCAUACACCCUUUUAAAUGGCUGCUCGAUGCUAAAACUGAAGAAGGGAGACAAUUCGCUUGUCAGAGUUAUUUACCUUUCCUUGGUCGAACGUAAUAGAUCCAGUGGAAAGCUUGAUAACAAAAUAGAGCUGAAAUGAUCAAUGGUUGCUUAGGUUUUUUUUUCCGGCGUUUCCAUCCAAAAAUUAAGUUUAAAACCUAAACCUCAUGCAUGAAGGCGGGGUUGGGGGGAAAGCGGAGGGCAAGGUUCGAACCAGGGACAAUCGAGAUAGCAGACUGGUGCGUAUUCCAGUGUAUUCCACACGAUUAUAAAUAUACGCAGAACAUAUGACUGGUGAUGAUUGUAAAUACACAGGGUUCACUCAUCAUUCAAGUGCCAUUUCUUUCCCUUGUUCGAGAUAUCAUUAAAAUAUUUACCAAUACUAAAUUAACAAAAUUU